CCCAGAAAGCCUAGCUCAGAGGCGCCUGGACCACCCAGGAUGCUUCGCGGAGGCUGUAAAGCCUCCGAAAGGCGAAGACACUUGAAUGGUAGCCUCAGCUGGCAGCAAGACCAGGCGCUGAGUAGCAGUAUCUAUCUCCUGCGACAGAUCGGCCCCACCGGCUUUCUACUGAGGGAGGAGGAGCCAGAAAAGGGGAAUUUCCGAGUUUUGCUAGGAAACCCUCAUGAAUGUAACUGCCCCACAUCUCUGAAGAGGGGGGAACUGUGUAAGCAUAUUUGCUGGGUGUUGCUGAAAAAAUUCAAGCUUCCAAGGAAUCACGAAUCUGCCUUCCAGCUGGGUCUUACAGAAGGAGAAAUAAAUGACUUGCUACGGGGGAUCCACCAGGUUCAAACUCCCAAGCAUGGAGCAAGGGAUGAGAGCACCCACGUGGAAGAAGAAGGCUGCCUCAAACAGAAGGACAUCAGUGCCGAGGACAUCUGCCCUAUUUGUCAAGAGGUGCUGCUGGAGAAGAGACUCCCAGUCACCUUCUGCAGAUUUGGCUGCGGCAAUAAUGCUCACAUAAAAUGCAUGAAGAUCUUAGCCAGUUAUCAAGAUACGGGGUCGAACAGCUCCAUGUUAAAAUGCCCGCUGUGCAGGGAAGGGUUUGCACCGUUAAAAGUCAUCUUGGAGGAAUUCAAAAACUCUAACAAACUUAUGACGACCUCUGAGAAAGAACGACUAGACAAACACCUCGGAAUUCCCUGCAACAACUGUAAACAGCUGCCGAUCGAGGGGAGGUGCUACAAGUGCACCGAGUGUGUGGAGUACCACUUGUGCCAGGAAUGCUUCGACAGCUGCUGCCAUCUUGCCCACACCUUUGCAUUCCGUGAGAAGAGAAACCAAAGAUGGAGAUCAGCAGAUAAAAGGUCAGAUGUUGUAAAAUAUUUAGAUAUUAAAAAUGAUGGAGAAACGAAUACAGCAUACCUUCAAGAGACGCAAGGUCAGUUUUGCACACCAAAACAUGUCGUAAAAGCGCUGCCUCUCCUGAUGAUUACAAAGAACAGUAAGCUGCUUGCUCCAGGGUACCAGUGUCGACUUUGCUUGAAGUCAUUUUGUCUUGGCCAAUAUACAAGACUUCUGCCGUGUUCUCACAAGUUUCACAGGAAAUGUAUUGACAAUUGGUUAUUUCACAAGUGCAACGCAUGCCCUAUUGACAGACAAGUCAUCUACAACCCUCUGAUCUGGAAAGGCACCGCCAUGGAUGGACAAACACAUCAGUUGGCAUCAAACAAAGACAUUGUCAGCUUGCCACAACAGCAAGAGCCAAAACUCUUUAUUCCUGGUACUGGGUUAGUGUUACAACAAAAUAGAACUGGAAUCUUACCUAGUGUUCCUCAGUGUAAUUCUAAAACAUUAAUUACACUUCAAAAUCCAUCAGACAACUAUCAGAAUAUAACAAUAGAUGACCUCUGCUCAGUCAAAUUGGGUAACUCAGAGUCAAGAAAAUUAGUCUAUGGAUAUAAAGUUAGUCAACAUUUCCCCACAUAUCCGCAAGAUCCAGCCACUGGGUCGUUUGGGCAAAUACCAUCACAAACAUUUCUUCCCUCCCUUGCUCAUAAGAAUAUUAUUUGUCUCACUGGACGGAAAAGCCAAGAAAUCUGUGAGAAAUACCACCCUGGUCAGAGUCCAAAGACAACGAAAAGCUGUGAACAUGUGAACAUUUCAAAGAAAUCUCUCAGUCCUAAAGUAAGAUCAAGUGCCUUACCUCCAGAAGACUUAAAUCUUCCUGUCAACUGGGGCACAGCAAAACUGAGCUUGUCUAAAAGACACAACAAUUCCACGGGGAAACUCAGACAAAGAUGGAGUCGUCCACCCAGAUGUCCUGCUCAGCCCCCUUUGCAAAGUGCUGCUCUGUCUUUAAUAAUGGAAGGAAUUCAAUUAUGAAAAAUGCAUGUUUAUUACAACAGAAACUUUUGAAUAUUUAAUACACAAAAUAUCUUACUUGUAGAACAUAAGAAUUCAUGUACACUCUUGACAGAUGUAUAUAAAAUACUCUAUUGCCAUUUU